AUGGCAUCAUCGCAUUCCCGCCCUGCUGCUACUGCUGUGCUUGAACCGGCAUCUCCGACCUUAUUGAACUCGCUCAAGACGAAGGAGAAGGAGAGAAAAGAGGAGGCACAAACAGCGCAAUUACUGAAACGGAGAAAAAUAUCCCAUGAUGGAUGUAGCGUUAUUUCAAAGACGGAGACGACGAGAGCGGCCUUUGUUAGUUCUGCGGUUACGAUACGGAAACAGCACCAUCAUCACACCCCGCAAUCACUGCCACUGCCGCUACCACAAGACAACAUUAAGUUGAUCCCAGUUGCCCUCCUCCCCAGAUCUCAAUUGCCAUUGUCAUGGCUCGAUCCCUGUCCGGCAUCUGCGAAACGCAUACAAUCUGGUAGAUUGUUCGUCGCGAACAUAUCGGCCCUGGAAUUGGAUUUGCAUCAUCAGCAACAGCAGCGUAGAUGUGGGCCUGUCGUUUUAGCGGUGCGGCUUGCUGUAGAGGAUGAGGAGGUGCUGGUGAAGGGAGAGGAGGAACUGUAUGUUGUGGAGAGAGUUAAGAAGGGGGUAUAUGCCAUAUCUGCGCUGGGGAGUUGGGUACUAGAGGGAGAUUUGAUGGUUGCGGCUGCGAAAGGAGCGGGCGAGGAGGUAGUCGGUGAUGUUAAUGUCUACAGUGGUGGUCGGGGCGAGAAAGAGGGUGAUUGGUUGGAGAAGGCGACGAUUUCUGAUCCAGCUGCUGGAUUCUUUGCAUAUUCCCGGCCGCGGAAGGCUAUUAUGGAAAAAGUGGCGCUUGCAUUUGGACCGAAGCUGUGUGGGAAAAGGGGGCCACACAGUCUUAGUCUCGAGACGAGUGGGUUGAGUUCUGUUUCUGGAUUUUCCAUUGCACAUGACGAACAGGUUGACCGGAGGGAUACAGCCCGUUCAGAAGCAGGCGCUCCUCAUAUCAGUCUGCUGCAAAUGACUAACGAGGAUAUUCAACCCGAUACCCAGUCUGAGGAGGCAAUUGGCGUUGGGCCGUGUGAACCUGCGGAAGCGAAAGUUACUCAAACCCCCCAGGAGCUGUUUGAUAACCUCAGAUCGCAGUAUCUGGAGGCGUUAUAUAUUUCAAAGACUUCCGUGGCAUAUUUUGCAAAGGGACCCCUUUCUCGGGCCCGGGCUAGCUUUCAAUCUUCCAAUGAAAAUUUGUCAAUGAAGCCCACACACCUGUCGAAUUUCUACAGGGAGUGCAUACUGCCUGUGAAAAAGAUGGAUCUCAAGUAUAAAGACUCUCUUCCAGAAGCGAUACAAAAUUUCCUCAUAGAAAUGUCUGAUGAUGAAAUCCCGGCAAAUACAAUGAAACAAAGGACGCGGAAAGCCAAAAAAGCAAAACUUGGAAAGAAUGGACUGUAUCCCGAAGAAAGCGAUUUCGUUAGGAGGUGGUGGAGAAACAGAGACCUGUCUGAAACAUCCGUUCCGCAGCACACAUCUAGGCAAGAGGAAAUAAGACGACUAACCACUGAUUUACGUUUACGAGAAACUCAAUUGCAGAUUGUCUUGAUCCUCGAGACAAUUUCAUUGGAAGCUUCAUAUAGCAGCACAACAACCCAAGUGUUACCAGCGACGACGGAGGCUCAGACUAGCCAACCCCAGAGGCGAACAAAGGAGAGAAAACAACAGGACUUAAAUACAUUGCUUGAACUGCUCGUAGAUAGGCUAUGCAUUUGGCAUGCUGUGAGCUUCAACGACACUAUACUCACAACAUCAGCUGGCGGCAAGAGUGGGUCGGCCUGUAAGACUGCAGGGAAUGACAAGCUUCGUGACUUUUGUACAGAGGUCAUCAUUCCGUUUUAUGCUGGCCGUCUUCCUGACCAAUGUAAAACCAUCAGCCGGAAACUGGGCGGACUGAUUGCUAUUUCUCCGACUCGGCCUGCGAUUUCCCGCUCAAAAUCAGGGUCAUCUGCACAGCCGGGAGCCUCAGUGAAAAGAUCCCACAACCAAAAAUCGCAACAACGCACGCUGCAACGUGUUUUGACUGAUGAAAAAAUGGCUUCAAAGAGCAGGGCACCGUCGCUCUCUCGUUCCAACACUACCCCAAGUUUAGAUGGGUUAAAGCGUGAAAACAGCGAACCACCGUUGCUAUCUUCGAUCUCAGGUGCACGUGGAGGUAUCCAGAAGCCAAAGCGUGUGGAUAAUCGCGAGAUUGACCUUGACGCCGUCGCUAAGCAGCACGAAGUCAAAUUAAAGCGUAUGAAUUCGCUUCUGGAGCAGAAGAAAGAACUCGACGCAGCCAUCGACGCCUUGAGAAAACCCAACAGGGAACUCGUCGCGAAAGACUUCGCCGAUACUGUAGAGAAACGAGCGUCCAUGUGUAACACAAGGAAAUCAAAGCAUCCCGUCCGAAACCCAUUGGGCCAGGGGGUACAGGUUAUGGCUACCCCCAGAGGGUCGAGGAGAAAGGAUUUUGGUACUGUUACUGUCGGCAGCUCAACGCGCAUGAGCCGGGCACUGACUUUAUCGAAUGAGAAACUCGUUCCUUCAGCCGCCUUAUCUGACGAUAUUCAACUCAUCCCAUCGUCUUCGACGCGACCGAGCCAUCCCCCUAAACGUCAAUCUUUCAGCUCCAAACAUGCCCGUCACAGCUCUAUCCACGAAACGCCCACAAGAUCAUCUACACGACUCUCAUCGGGCCCGUCGAAUAGCGGGAUAUCGGCUGAUAAUGACUUCGAUUCGACACCGCUCCCCAGGCAAACCGGCAAUCUAUUCAAAGUCUUCAAAGUCCCCAAGCUUCCGGAAACGAGUAGGGCAUUCAUGCAGCAACAAGAAAUGUCGCCGAGUACAUUGCGGAAAACGAGAUCACAUCCCAACUUUGCCCACUGCGGUAACACCAACGACGGAACCAACAGUAAUAAUAAUACUAAUAAUCACCUUCCCUUUAUACAUAUCAAUAACGUAACUUCCUCGAUCCAAGAAACGCCGCCCCGCCCAGCAUGUCCCUCCUACCUCCAGCCCCCAGAAACUAUUAUAUCUCCAUCUCUCUCCCGCCAUAAUGAGAUCCAAGAAAAACGCAACCAAGGUGCCAUAAUUUUCACGACACCCAUAAAGAACACAGUUGCUGCUGUUGCUGGGUUUACGCCUGGAGACGACCACAGCACCCAUCCCAUGGCCAAUACUGGUAUUGUUACAGCAGACGCCACGCCGGAGAAGUCUAUAUAUGACCAGUUGGGAUGGAAUGAUGACGACGUUUACGAUGAUGAUGAUGAACUUGCAUUGCCUUAG